UCAUUGCAUCACCAGUCACAUCAUUUACGCGAAUGACAGGAUCGUAGUGUGCACGAAACGACAACAUAGCUUGGUGGAAGAUGUACAGUCGUAGUAGGACGUUGAUUGCAUUGGCGUUAUUUCUGAUAUUAUUUUGCGACAGCACGUCGUCGGAAUGUAUGCAACUGGGGCCUUGUACCUGCUUUCUACCGGACGGCAAUUAUUACGAUUUGACCAGUCUCGCUGACAAAGAGACACUUUCCAAUACCAAGUCUAAUUUGACAGUAUAUUUCCACCCAUGUAAGGAUGUGGUAAUUCCCAUUAAAGAGAAUCAAAAUAAUACAUGUUCCAGUGGGAAAAAAGUUUCGCUUUGUAUGUACAAUGAAACCACAAAUACAACCAUAAAUUUUGGGACAGUUCACGAUACUCAAAUGAAGUUACCAAAGGGCAAUAAUAAAUUUCCAGUGUUUGAAAUACAUCGCGGUAAUAUUACAUCGAUCAUAAAUAUUAUAUGUGCCACUGACAGCACUGACAUAGAUUUCAUAUUAGAUAAUAUUUCUCAGGAUACCGGAAAGUAUCAUUUUAGGUUGGUGUCGCCGUACGGAUGUAGAAAGGAACAAGACUACAACAGAGGCUUGUCUACCGGCUCCGUUCUAGUCAUCUUAUUCUUCACUUUCGCUGGAAUAUAUCUCGUUGGCGGCGCUAUAGUGUUGAAAACAUUGAGAGGGGCAACUGGUUGGGAAAUGCUGCCAAAUCAUACUUUCUGGUGCGAGCUUCCCUCGUUGGUCAGAGACGGCAUCGUUUUCACCUUCAAUUGUUGUCGGGCGAACAGUUACGAGAGAAUAUAAAAUCUUCAUCGUCAUUUAAUGUUUAUUAAAUGCACGAUCUUGUUAAAAUUUAGUACGUUAUAAGUAGUGGACGUUUGUACCCUAAGUAAUUUUUCUAUUCUCGUUCUUGUAUUGUCACAUUGUUUUUUCUUAUAGUUAUACUACGGUUUAUGAUAAGUAUUCUUCUGUAAAGCAAGACAUUAAUUCGUUAAAUUGCCCGCAGUCAGUUUACUGAUUGACCAUCAAUUUUCCGUAUUGAUAGCUCUUGCUUUCUUAGUUUCUUUUUUUUUUUGUUAGCACAAUUAAGAAGCACGAUAUUAUGUAUAUUACACGAAAUUACAUGUGUAUUGUAAUAAUGUGAUAUUCUAUUGCGCUAUGUCACGUGCCAAUGUUAUGUUUUUAAGUCUUUAGGGAUAUAUAAAGAGAAAUUUCAAUUUGAUUAUGCAAAUUAAUGCUUGAAUAUUUCGCUAUCGUUGCAAAUUGAAUACUCUGAAAACAUGACUGCACACCAAAGAGCUAUUCUUUCAGACACCAUGUUUGUCGACUGGUAAGAAAGCGACAGUGAAAGCGAUCACUAACAAUUACAAAUCGAUGUAACCGAUACAUGUAUUAUCAUGUUUGUAAGAUUAUACCCGGACAUUGGAAGAGCCCCGACGCUGGAAUCGGCCAUUUUCACGGAUGUACUCUAUUUUUCGAGGACCUACAAAUAUUAUAUUUUUUAUAACUUUUUAACCAACGUAUUAGUAUUUAUGAGGCGAGAUCGACUCUUUCUACGAUUAGAGUAGUUGCUGUUCCCUUUUGUACAGAAGAGACGCUUUAUUUGUAGACACGAGCGCUUAUCGCGGGCUUUUCCGAUGUCGACAGCGUAAAUUGAACUGGAACCGGUGAUUUGAUAAUGUGAUGUUUUAUUAACAAACUCUAAUAAUAAUACAAAAAUAUAAAUAACUAUACGCGGA